UCAGCUCCUUCUCUAGCCCCAGCUCCUGCUCCAUCCCCAGUUCUUCCCUCAGCUCCACCUCUGCUGAGGAAGCCUUGGCUGUGCAGUAAUGGAGCAGGGGCACAGGAACAUUCCGUUACUGGUAACGGUGGCGGGGCACAACAGGAAAAGUUUGGGCACCACUGGCCUAACCAUUUGAUGUCUAGCCAACGGUACUCCUCUUUCAAAGGUAGAGUUGUUGGAAUCAUCCAGAAGAACUGGCGAGAUUAUGUGGUCACUUUUCCAUCCAAAGAAGAGAGUCAGUCUCAGGGUAAAAAUGCCCAGAAAAUCCUUGUUACACCUUGGGAUUACAGAAUUCCUAAAAUCAGGAUCAGCACACAGCAGGCUGAGGCACUACAGGACUGUAGAGUUAUUGUGCGUAUUGAUUCCUGGGAGUCAACAUCUGUGUAUCCAAAUGGACAUUUUGUACGAGUUUUAGGACGGAUAGGAGAUCUCGAAGGGGAAACUGCAGUUAUUCUAGUGGAGAACAGCAUUUCUGUUGCCCCUUUCUCAGAAGCCCAGAUGUGUGAAAUGCCUUCCAGCACCUCAGAGAAUCCAUGGAAGGUGAAUCCAGAGGAGGAACUAAAACGCAUAGACUUGAGGAAUACACAUUUAAUAUUCAGCAUUGACCCCAAAGGCUGUGAAGAUGUGGAUGAUGCACUGUCCAUUAGAACAUUAGCCAAUGGGAACCUAGAGCUAGGUGUUCAUAUUGCAGAUGUAACCCAUUUUGUGGAAGCAAAUUCUUACACUGACAUUGAGGCCAGAGCAAGGGCAACAACCUAUUAUUUAGCUGAUCGUCGUUAUGAUAUGCUGCCUUCCAUCCUGAGUGCUGACUUAUGCUCUCUUCUUAGCAGAGUUGAAAGGUAUGCUGUCAGUGUCAUGUGGGAGCUAGAUAAAAAUUCCUAUGAAAUCCUGAGAGUCUGGUACAACAGAACCAUCAUUCAGUCUUCAUACAAACUGGUCUACGAGGUAGCUCAGGGAUUAUUAGAUGGUGACCUAAGUGUUGUUGAUGAUAUCCUAGAACUCAAAGAACUGGAUGAGAGAACUAGACAACAGAAGCUGGAAGAACUGGUCUGGGCAAUAGGAAAACUGACGGAUGUAGCUCGACGUGUUCGGGCUAAACGUGACCGCUGUGGCGCUCUAGAGCUGGAAGGAGUAGAAAUAAGAGUGCAGCUGGAUGAUAAAAAGAACAUUCAUGAUCUCAUCCCUAAACAGCCACUGGAGGUGCAUGAGACUGUUGCUGAAUGUAUGAUCCUUGCUAACCACUGGGUGGCAAAGAUGAUUUGGGAGAACUUUCCUCACCACGCUUUGCUGCGCCAACACCCUCCACCACGACAAGAGUUUUUUUCUGAGCUCCGAGAAUGCGCGAGUGCCAAAGGCUUUUCCAUAGACACACGGUCUAAUAAAGCACUGGCUGAUUCUCUGAGUAAAGCAGAUGAUCCUUUAGAUCCAACUGUGAAUAAAUUACUGCGGUCCAUGGCUACUCAGGCGAUGUCUAAUGCACUGUACUUCUCGACUGGCUCGUGCCCCGAAGAAGAGUUCCAUCAUUAUGGACUUGCCCUAGAUAAAUAUACGCAUUUUACUUCUCCAAUUAGAAGAUAUGCUGAUAUUGUCGUCCACAGACUGCUAAUGGCUGCCACUUUAAAAGAUACUAAAGUAGAUGUUACGGUUAAUUUGUUCAGCAACAAAGCUCUUGAGGAAUUGUGUAGACACAUCAACAACAGAAACAGGGCUGCACAACAUGCCCAGAAACAGUCUACGGAGCUUUUCCAGUGUAUGUAUUUCAAAGACAAAGUCUCGGAAACAGAUGAGCGCUGUACAGCAGAUGGUGUUGUUUACUCCAUUCGAACAAAUGGGGUACUUGUUUUUGUACCAAGGUAUGGCAUUAAAGGUGCUGCUUAUCUGAAAAACAAGGAGGGUUUGGUCAUCUCCUGUCAGUCUGAUGGCAGUUGUGUAUGGAAACCUGGUUCUCUUCAGCGUUUUCAGAACAGAAUUACUUCCACAACAGUUGCUGGAGAAUCUGUUACAUUGAGUCUGUUUGACCAUAUAACAGUAAGUCUUAAUAAAUUCACUAAUGGAAGCACCAGAGCACAAAUGAGGGGAAAAAUAACAUUGUGUACUUUUGUUUCUAAGGUAAAAGUAUGUGUGCAGAGUUCACGCUGCCAUCCUGACACCAUCAAGCUUGAAAUAAUUAGCAACCUACCUUACAAGAAUACAGCCACAGAGCUUUACCAGAAGAAUAUCCACAUAAUGAAAGCCGACUUAGUAAAAGAAGUAACAAGAUCUGCAGAGGAAGCGCAACUUGCCCAAGAAAAAAACAGAGUUGAAGUAAUCCAGGAAGAAUAUCAGGAGUAUUGCCAAACAAAGGGAGUUAGCUUGUACCAACUGCUUGAGGAAAUUAGGGACUUAGCUCUACUAGACGUAUCAACUGGUAAUUGAGCAUGAACUAGUAUGUGGCUCUGUGCCGCUUAAGCAGCUUUGCACAAUUUUAAAUCUUGUUUUUAAAACUGAUGUAAGUUGAUAAACCAUUUUUAAUAUUUUCUGCUUUUGCUAAUUUGAACUGUACCUUAACUAAAAUUUAGCACUGAUUUUUAGAGUGAAACAGGCCUAGCUGAUUUAAGAUGUUUUAUACACUGUUAUCUACUGUAUUCUCACUGAAAGACUAAAGAUUGUAUUGUGGUAAACUACUUGAUGUCUUUUUAAAAAAAAAAUCUGAUCUUGAUCUAAAAAAAAAA